AGAACGUCGACGGAAGCGAAGGUGGCUUUGCUCUCUCGACGGAGUCGCGCGCCGCGAUGCGGGGCGCCCUCGAGCCCGGCUCCCAGCCCGACGACCUGAACCACGCCGUGAUCCAGAAAACCGCGGAGUCGCCCGGCCUACGGCAGCCAGCCAGGGGAGAGUCUCGCAAUAUCGAUAUGUACGCCUGGUUGGGGCAUGCCAUCACGACCGCAGCUACCGGGUCUGUGUACGGGCCGGUGAACCCGUGCGACGACGAGUCGGUCGCCGAUGUAUUCCGGUAGCCAGUGUCUUCGCUCGUGAGGCUUGAGCGGUUACCAUGACGCUCCCUGUCUAAGUAUCCUUGCCGUAGCGUAGGGAAUUUGGAGGCAGUCUCACGUCGACCUCGACUGGUUUCCUUCCUUAUCACAAUUCUUAGGGAGAGC